AUGGAGGUGCCAUUGGAGGCCAUCGUCCUGUGCGACGCCGACGCGCCCCCCAUCCUCGUACCUUGUAGGAGACAUGCCAUAGUCGAUCGAGCCAAAAUCUACCUCACUCAAAUUGAGGAUCGAGCAGCAAAGAAUGAUUCCAUGUGGGUCAACACCGUCCACGACUUGGGCCAACUGCACACCCUCAAGCUCCUCUAUCGAAGGCAGCGCAGGUUGGAAAACUACAUGUUUGGUCUCGCGUGCUGCAGCCUACUUGCCGAAGCUGCAGCCAUCCACCUGUACUGGAACUUGCCAAGUGCCAUGCUCGCGAUUGAAGUCAGCAAGGCGAUUGUCACAGUGACCACCGUUGCCAUCCUAUACCUCCUCUUCUUUCGAUACGAAUUGGCGGCUUGCAUCCAAGUGGCUUCGUACGGCCUCCCCCCUGGGUCCAGAUUUUAUCACACGACGCUACUACGUACGUACAUGUACAAUUCCAUGAUGACCAACGCUCUCGUAACCAUUCACUUUGACCAGUCAAUUAAACCCGGGGCGUCAGUCCCCGUUUGUCCAACCAAUGUACUGUACGCCACGUAUAAUUGCUACACCCGCGCCACGUACAGCGCCUACCAAUUCGGCAUCAUCGUCGCGCCACGCAUCUACCUCAUUGGCCGGUACAUUCGCAACGUGUUUGGGUUCAACACGAAUGAAGCCAAACUCAUCGGAUCGCUGCAAAACGUGGACGCGACGUCAGCGUGGUUUGUGCGCAAGUUUCUGUUUCGGUUUUAUCCGGCGACGUUUUGCGUGUUCAUUUUCGUGUCCGUGGGGGCCGCCACGGCAUGGGCAGUCGAUCAGACUGAGCACUCCAUGGCCAACGCCGACCUCGCCGAGUAUGUCGACGCGCUCUGGCUGGUCGUCGUCACCAUCGUGACGGUGGGUUACGGGGACUGCGUCGUCGUGGGGUUCCCCGGGCGAUUGUGUGUCGUGCUCGGGGGGGUCGUGGGGGGCGCCGCCAUCUGCUCCAUGUGCAGAGUGGUGGUCGUGGGGGCGUUGACCAUCACUCCCAACGAACGCGACGUGAUCGACAUUAUCACAGAGCGCACGCAAACGACCGAAAGGCGAUCGGUGGCCGUUCGGUUGAUUCAGGCAGAAUGGAGACGAUACAAAGCCAUGACAGUGGGGCCACCGACUGACGGGUUACCUAGCCGUCGGGACGGCGUGGCGUUCACUGUGCACAAGGCCAACGUGCUCAAAUUCAAAGUUAUGGCGAGCGCGAGAACUAUGCGGCGCCAGCACCAGCAGCGCCAUCACAGCUUGGAUGCGAUUUUGCAUCGGUGGAAGCUCAAAGCCGAGGCAGCCCGAUGCGACGACGUCGCGUCCACCAAUGCAACCACCUCAUGCGACGACGUGGUGGCCAAGUUGCGGCGGCUGGUGUUGGCCUGUUCCGUAAACGAACUUGCAACUCAAUGACCCGAUUGACAUUCCAC